UUUAUAAACCAGUGGUAACCGGCAAUAAAUCUGUGUUAGUUUGGUGGUUCAUUUAUAUACCGCAAGAGCAUAUACAGAGCCUUUCUACCUCUUUCUCUCGCUACAUGCUUUCACAUAAUGUUCUUAGGGAAUGUAGUGGAAUACGACCAUUAAGAUUGUUAAAAUCGAGCACUGUCCAACACUAUGGAAGCAUCGCUCUUGGAGCUGUUUCCGCGCUUUGUCGACUUAAAAGAUCUGCUUCAAAAUGAAGUUGAAGCUCGUUAUAUACUCAAAAAAGCAACGGACUUCUUGGAGAGGAUUAAGUCCAAGGGUACCGCUGGCGAGGAUGAGGAAAUUCGAUAUCUGAUAUGUGCCCUGGUGGACAGAAACUGGGAGCGCAUACACACCGGCCAUUUCAGCAAUGUUCCUCUGACGAUACGGAAAAUCUAUGCUAUUGCAUGUUUCUUUAAGAUAUUCUUCCUACUUAUGGAAAGCUCAAAUCCAAGGCAAAAGGAACAAUGCAGUGGCAUACUGGACGAAGCCCAGCUGCUCGGCUGCACAGAUGACUGGAGCGACCUCAAAGCAGCUCUAAUGGAGUACUUGGAUAAAGGCCAAGAGGAGCCUACAGAGCCAUUGCCCAUUUUGCCGGCUGUGCUGAGAGUUUCGAGCCCCUGUGAUAUACCCCAGCUAGAUGCUCCUGGAUUGAAUGAGUUUAAAACGAAAUGUUUCCAGCCGCAGCAGCCCACGCUUCUGCUGAACACCAUUAAGCACUGGCCAGCAGUGGACAAGUGGCGGGACUUGAACUACCUCCUCAAUGUGGCGGGCAAUCGCACAGUUCCCAUAGAGAUUGGCUCCAACUAUGCCAGCGACGAGUGGUCCCAGCAGCUAGUCAAAAUACGCGACUUUCUGCGUAGGCAAUUUGUUGUUGACCAACGUGGAGACGGACGUCGGGAAAUUGAGUAUCUUGCCCAGCACGAGCUCUUUGCCCAGAUACCAGCCCUGAAAGCCGAUAUCUGUGUGCCCGAUUAUUGCACUGUGAGCGGUGCGGAGGAGACGGCAGCAGCUGUGGACAUCAAGGCCUGGCUGGGACCAGCCGGAACCAUAUCACCCAUGCACUAUGAUCCCAAGCACAAUUUACUCUGCCAGGUGUUUGGAUCGAAGAAGAUUAUACUGGCAGCCCCCAAAGACACGGAUAAUCUGUAUCCGCACGAAAGCGAAUUUCUCGGCAACACAUCGCAAAUAAAUGCCGCGGAGCUAGACUUCAAGACGUAUCCCCUGCUGGAGAGGGUGCGCUUCUAUAAACUGCUUCUUCAGCCAGGCGACUGCUUGUAUAUGCCACCCAAAUGGUGGCACUAUGUGCAUGCGGAAACGCCAAGUUUCUCUGUCAGUUUCUGGUGGUAGUUGACCUCACUAUGGCAUUCUUUUGUAUUAUCUUAUGUUACACAUCUGUUUCUUUAUCUACUUGUAUGGAUGAAAUGCGAUAAUCAGAUCGCCUUGUCAGUGAAUAAACAGGUUGCCCCUGACGUCAUUGUAUUCGAAUGAUGUGGACUAUCAGCUGGCUGGCGCUGAAAUCAUGAAUCAUCAAUUCAAUCGAACGGGAUCAGAAGUACACGUUUUAUGGUUGUUCUUUUAUUAGCCACGGUUCAUGUGAUUAGUGUGAUUUCCUGUGGCAAAACAAAACUUAAGAUAUACAAGUUAAUGCAUCGAGUAGAAAGCAAAAAAUUUCAGGCAUACAGAACAUAAAGAAUUCUCAACACGCAUCAAUAAACCUUUAUCAAUGGGUGCGGUGUGGUUUAUAUAUAUAUAUGAGAAUUAACAUUAAAAUGUGUGUGCCUUUUCGAUUUCUAAUCGGUAAUAAUCUUUUGUUAAAUGUGUGUUUUUGCUGUCGCUGUGCCCCACCGCCGUUUAUAAGUCUUAUCGGUAUUAAAGUAUUGGGCUCGGGUGCCCCCGCCUUGCCGAGUGCUCAAUCAUCCUUGCUGCCAGUGGUGGUUCCACCACCGAUGGUGAUGCGCUUCUCCAGCUUGCUGUACUCUUCGGUAAGGCGGUCGUAUUCACGGUUGAUGCUCUCGGCCUGCGACUUGACAGCCUCCUUGUCCUUCUUCUCGCGGUUCAAUUCGGAAGUCAGCUCCUGGACGCGCUCGCGCAGCUUGUUGAGCUGUAAGACGAUUGUUGUCAAGUUGAGUGUUUGUUGUGUGUGUUUUUGUUUGGGUGGGGAUUUGUGGGGAAUGUCUGGGUGUGGCUAAGGAUACUUAGGAUACUCUGGCCGUGAGUCCUUGCACACGUCUCCGUAGGCUGGACAACUGUUUAAAGAGUUUACAAGAGUUUAUGUACUUUCGAGUCGCUUUUCGAGGCGUGCAGGGCCCAACUUUUGUGUGUGGGAGUACUGUCAGUGGGUAGCAUUGCCAUUUAUUACAGCUGGUAGUAGCCAAAGAAACUCCAAAGUUAUAGGUGUUAGGUUUUUUUGUCCAAGCUCUCUAAACAUGCCAGACCUGGAGGGGGACGGUGCAAGAUGCCGACCAAAAAGUAAACAACUUACCUCAUUCAGUGUGGUGUCCUCACCAGCCUCCUUAGCCUUCUCGGUCUUCUUAUCCUCCAUCAGGGAACGAGCCGCAGCCGUGGCGCUCUGGGCCUGCUUCAUCGAGGCCUCGCUCUGGGCCAACAGAUUGGCCUGGGCUGACACCAGUGUAACCAAGCGGCGAAUGACCAGAACCAGGAAAAUCGCAAAGCCAGAGAUGUAAAAGUUGCGCUGGGCACGGAAUAGGCGCAUGCUGUGCUGCAUCUCCACGUUCAGGUGCACCUCGCCGGACUGCUCAUAAUUCGAGUACUUGCGCAUCUCACGAAUGGCCUCCAGCAAGAACAAGACCAACACACCCAUAAUUAAGAAGAAGUAGAUGUGCGCCUGCUGUGCAAGCAAGGCCAGGAAUUUGGACUUGAAGAAGCGAUUCCAUCUGUAGGGGCUGGCCACGGGCAGCACCAGUAGCAAGACCAAUGCAAUCUCUGCAUAGAGAAAGCCGGCGAUCAAAGUCCAGACCAAACUCAUUUUUUCUUAAUGCAAAUUUCUGGACACGACAAAGUUAAACUUUAGAACUGGUCGGUUUCGAUGAUUUCGAUUUUUCGAGUACGU